CUGACCUCAAGCGGAACCAAUCAGAUUCCGGCUGUCAGGAAGAUAACCCGAAAGCUGCGCGAGUCUGAAGUUUACAUGUGUUCACGCAACAUUCAUACAUGAAUACCGAGGUGUCGGUGCUGUACUUUGCCAAAAGUGCCGAAUUAACGGGACUUAAAGCGGAGAUUAUUACCGUUCCUUCAAACAUAUCGUCUGUGCAGCUCUGGCAGGAUCUGGAGAACAGACACCCGAGGCUCUGUGUGCUGCGGGGUCAGGUGGUUCUGGCUGUGCGUCAGGAGUUUGUGUCUCUGUGUGAGCAGCCACUGAGCCUCAGAGACGGAGACGAGUUGGCCAUCAUCCCGCCACUCAGUGGAGGAUAA